AUGGAAGGUAAUAUAUCCUCAGGUAGUAUGAUGCCUGGGGGUUCUUCAUUUGGAGGUCUUGAUAUGCGCGCUCAUCACAGCCAACAUCCCUUUUCUGUCCAUCAAGACCAUCACUCUCACACUCGCCACGGGUCAAUGGUUCAUCAGACAAUGCACGACAAUUUCCCACUCACAAUUGGAAGCAUGCAAGAAAACAAUCAAAGUGUUUCUUUGGCACAUUUCAACAAAGGAGAGAAAGUUAAAUGUGUGAGUGAUGAGGAUGAGCCGAGCCAUAAUGAAGAUGCAGAUGGCCACAAUGAUGGGGGCAAAGGGAAGAAGGCAUUUCCAUGGCAGCGUGUGAAAUGGACGGACACUAUGGUUAGGUUGUUAAUUACUGCGGUUUCAUAUAUAGGUGAGGAAACUGCUGCAGAGUAUGGUGGUGGAGCCAGGAGGAAAUGCGCAAAUUUGCAGAAAAAGGGUAAGUGGAAAUCAGUCUCAAAGGUAAUGGCUGAAAGGGGUCAUUUUGUUUCGCCUCAGCAAUGCGAGGACAAGUUUAAUGACCUCAACAAAAGGUAUAAGAGGCUUAAUGAGAUCCUGGGGAGGGGAACCUCGUGUCAGGUGGUUGAGAAUCCUACGCUUCUGGACAUGAUGGAUCAUAUAUCUGAAAAAGCAAAAGAGGAGGUUAGGAAAAUUUUGAGCUCAAAGCAUUUACAUUAUGAAGAAAUGUGUUCGUACCACAAUGGGAAUCGGUUGCAUUUGCCUCCGGAUCCUGAACUACAGCGCUCAUUGCGCUUGGCUCUCAGAAGCAGAGAUGAUACUGAUGAGAAUAAUAUGAAAAGAAGUUCUCAAGAUGAUAAUGACGAGGAUGAUCAGGAUCUUGAAGUUUAUGAUCAUGAUGACUAUGAGGAGAAUCAUGCCCCGCAUGGGGAUAGAAUAGCAUAUGGGGCUUCUGAUGGUUCCUCGAAAAGGAUGAAACACAGCCACGGACCUGAGGAUAUUUCUCUUAUUAAUACCUUGAAUGCUUUAGAUUGCAACAGAAGUUUAAAUUUAUCGUCCCCGUCUGGCCUUGGUGACGAGAACCAAGGGCUACCUGAAGGCUCAAGAUCAACUAUGCUACAAAAGCAUUGGAUAAGUUAUCGCUCUGUCCAGCUAGAAGAGCAAAAGCUUGUAAUUCAGGCUCAAAUGCUAGAAUUGGAGAAAGAGCGCUUUCAAUGGCAAAAAUUUAGCAGGAAAAAGGACAGAGAAUUGGAAAUGAUGAAGGUUGAAAAUGAGAGGAUGAAACUUGAGAAUGAACGCAUGGUGUUGGAGUUGAAGAGGAAGGAGAUGGGUCUCGAGAAUAGUUAA